UUCAUUCUAUAAAUUAAACCUCUAUCUGCUUUCAUUUUCAACAUUCAAGCUUGUAGAGAUCACAUAGAGUGAGAGUGAGAGUGAGCAGUAGUACGCAUCAGCUAGCUUUUGUUGUUUACGUCUCAUCAAUUCUCGUAUCUACUCAUCUAUUUAGGUAAGGAAGCAAGAAUGAGUCAAUACCGUUUGGCAAACUGGCAGAACAAUGAAGACAACAGCCCAAGUCGUGAAUCCAGAGCCCUCAGACUCUUGUUGACUACUGCUACUGCUAACGCUGCGCUCAAUAACCGAAGCAAUGACGGAGGAGGAACCACCACCACCACCACCACCACCAAUCAAUCACCAUUUCCUCCUCCAGCAGACAUUAUCAGCGCUCUUGUCCCUCCUCCUCAUCCUUCCACUUCCAAUUCCACCUCACCAAGACUCUUCGGGUCUAGUCUUUUUCAUCCUCCUGCUACUUCAGCUACUCCUCCAUCACUAAUCCCACUUCAUCGCGAAGCACGUGCUGCUAGAGUUGCACCAACAUCACUCAUUGAUCCAUUUAACUAUGGACCACAACCAUCUCUGAAUAUUCCUUCUAGAUAUAAUAACAAUCAAAAUGGAGGAAGCAGCAGUAGUAACAACAACAACAACAAGAGAACUAGAUCACCUGAUCAUCACCAUACAGGUGAGGGUUCUUCUAACACUCAAGGAUCACAACAUGCUUCUGGAACCACCAGUAGUUCUAGAAGACGCAAUCUUUCUGCUUAUAAUGUUAACACCGCAUCAACAUGGCACUUUCCUGCUGGUAAUGAUGGUGCUUCCGUCGCACACGUGGCACGCGUGACGAGUCAAGCUGGACCCAGUAGUAGAAGAACUACCUCUACUGCUGCCGCUGCUGAUAACAACAAUAACUAUCGUCAUCAUCAUCAUCAUCAUCAUCGUCACGAUGCACAUGUAAUUCCAGCUUUUAGUCCAGUAGCUUUUUUUGGAAGUGAUUCUGAUUCAAUUUCUCCUCUGGAUAUUUCUCGCCAUCAGUUUCCUUGGUCUGAGUAUCCAAGCCGAAGAAAUGACCCUUCAUCUUCUUCUCCUUUGUACGCUGCUACAACAGGAGCUGAAGCUUAUCUUCGUAGUACCAACCUGCAUAGAAACAAUAAUGAUUAUGUUUCUUCUACAGUAGCAGGAGGUUCAUCUUUCUCAUUUUCUUCUCCAUUUGGAAUGAGAGGUACUAGUACAGGCUGGGGGCAAAGUGGUAAUAAUAACAACGUAGAUUUCUUUGAAGGUGUAUUUGAUCAACCAGAGAAUAAUAAUGAUACUGAUUCUGGUGCAUAUGUUCAUAACACCAUUAAUGUUGAACAAUAUGUAAGGGUAGCACCAGGAGGACAAGUCACUCUUACAUCGUCGCUGCCGGCACCUUCUGAUCCUUCUCCGAGUAAUCAUGUCAGACAAAUCCGUCGUCCUAGAUUGGGGAUGUCUCUAGGUCCUCCUCCCAGCCGGAGCACUUUAGCAGCGGCUGUGGCAGCGUCAGCGUCAGCGUCAGGGAGUCGAGCUCGUCGUCGCGAUAAUAAUGAUCACAUUCUCACUUCAACUUCUCCUGAACUAAGGAUUGAGAGAAACAGGCUAAGAGAUGAGAUUUUCAGAGCCCUACAACAUCUGCGCAAUGGUGGCUCUGUGCGGGUAGAGGACUUGUUGAUGCUGGAUUACUCAAUUGUAUUGAAUUUGCUUGAUUCGCAAGAACGUGUGGAUCAGAUAAAUAAUUCAGAGGACUGGCCAUAUGAGAUGGUUUUGGCUCUUGAAGAACAGAUGGGCAGGGUGGAGACUGGACUGACGGAGCAAGAAAUUAUGAAUUACAUCGAGCAAGAAGUUUUCCACUCCACUGAACUAGGAACCUCUACCCAUAAUGAAACCUGCACCAUAUGCCAGGAAGACUAUGUCGAUGGGGAACGAAUUGGAAGGUUGGACUGUCGGCACAUAUAUCACCUAGAUUGCAUCAAACAGUGGUUGGCAGUGAAGAAUGUUUGUCCAAUUUGUAAGCAAACAGCUCUUGAAAUUGAUGAAGAUGAGGAUGAAAGCGAUUGAUAGCUUUUCAGUAUUGUAUUUUAUUUCAAUAAUAUUUGAAGCCUUUUUCUUAUGUAACUUCGGUUUACAUGAUACAAAGUCAUUCCAAAACAUUUUAUAUUCUGUUGAAUGCUACGUGAGUCAAAGAUACUCACUUAGACAAUAAUGUACACCUCUCUUUUAUAUUGUUA